CCGCUAUCGACCACUCACCCCGCGCUAGCAUUUACACCUGCGCUACAGGGAGCCACCAGAUCGAUGACGUGGUUGGUGGCCAGCUUUUCGACGGCAUGAAUGGCUUCGACGAUGUGGGGUUCCGACGCGUCCUGGAUGUCUUCAUCCACCCACCUUUUUUAUUUUUUAUAACUUCUUUUUCUGUGGGCGUCGUUUUGUCGUUGGCCUGCUCUAGGGAGCGUGGGGAGGAGGAGGGCAGGAGGAGCAGGAGGACAGGAGGAGCAGGAGGAAGGGAGGAGGAAGGAAGGGAGGAGGGUAGGACGGGAGGAGCAGGACAGGAGGGAAGGGAGUACGACAGCAAACCUUCGACCCACGACUCUUUUGGCACGCAAGAUUUGGUGUCACCUCAGGAUACAGCUCGCGUCGGGAUACAGCGCACGUCAGGACACAGUCAUCGACGCCGACAGCACAACCGUCACCAACAUACGUGCCACAUCGCGGACCCAAGCAUACCGUCUCCUCAGCGCAACACCUUUUCGAACGUUCGAACCGUGUCCUCAGGCUUCAGAGUCGCCCGGGGGUUGUUGUUGUGCACGUUCGUUGUCGCGCUUCUGGUCGUGGGGGCUAGGCGCGUUCCGGGUGUUGACGGUAGGAUGGGGUCGAGGCAUCCCGGGGGCUGGCGAGUCCGGGCCUCAGUCUGCCGUUCUUCCAAGGUCGGGCCAAACGUUGCUCGACGUUCGGCCAUGCGUGCGUUCACCUUCGAUCGUUUGGAUGUCGGCAGCCCGCGUUCGACCUUUGUCUUUCGACCGUUCACCGACGAUGCUCGGCUUUUGACUUCCCACGUUCGACCCUUGGCUCCCGGUAUCAAGCUUGCGUUGAGGAUGGUGUGUGGUCCUCCGCGUCUCCAACCAGCGACCGAUGAACGACAUUCCAUGUUCCCGGCCGACGAAGGACGAUCCAUGGGUUUCCGCCCGCAUCUUGCUUUCCUUCAUUUUGGAAGACAUUUGGGAUUUGCUAUUUUUAUGCUUGCGUUUUCCUUAUCGGUGUUUUCACGUUGACUUUGCGUGUUUCGCCUUUGUCUGGUUGGGUUUGACCUUUCUAGCGUGCGUCCCCGGCUCUUUGUGUUCGUUUUUGUUUUGGAAGUACAUUACCCUCUCCUAUGUUUUUUUUAUGUUGCUUUUGGCGCUACUUUUGUUUUAAUUUGGGCGUACGCUUUUCUUUUUCUCUUCUCGUGUGUGUGUUUUGGUCCUCGACGGAGGAUCGGGCGCUUUCUUACAACUUGCUAACUGACGGCUGUUUUCGUCACGCGCUACUACUGACGGUUGUUUCGUCUGGUUCUUCUUUUACUAUGGGUGGGCGGAAACCCUUUUCUUUUUUCUUUAUCCUACGUAUUUUUAGUUUUUUGAGUGUGUUUGAUUCGUAUAUUACUACUGUUACCUAUCCUCCCCCUUGUCGUUUUUUUUUUUUUUGUGUUUUUUUUUUUUCUGUCUCUGGCUCUAUCUCUGUUUCCUAUCUCUCUGUCCUAUCCCUCAUUCUUCCGAACUACUGUCUAUCUCUCUCGUCUCUCGUCUCUAUCUCGUCUCUCUCGCCUCGACUCGACUUUUCCUCAUCUCUCAUGUCUCAUCUCGUCCCUCUCAUCAUUCUAUACUCUUGUGUUAGGUCUACUUUUUUGGAUUGUACAAUAUAUAUUUUUUUCUUUUU